CUUGUUGGCUGCAGAUUGCACACCAAACAGCAUUCAUUCAUGAAUAAUUCUGAUAUAAAUAGUAAAUGCCGCUCGAUUUUCUCUAGGAAGUAUUCUUUCUUUCUACAGCAGCUCUCACGACUACAAAACAUCAACUCAAGCAACAUUCCUGGCAUUCCAUUGUUUCGGAUCAAAGGCCUUCGAUUACUUUCAUUAUGCUCUCCACUCGCGGUCAGAAAUACAGAGAGAUCGGCUACCAGCAUGGCCUACUUGACGAAUACAACGAGGAAACAAAUCCGAACGGUAUUGUUGAUUUAUCCUCAGCCGAGAAUUUUCUGAUCCAUGGCGAGGUUAUUCAGUUCAUCAACUCUCAUAAACUCGAUGCAUCGUGUUGUGGCUACGGUGAAGGGUACACCGGCACUCUGCGGCUAAGAAAGGCAAUGGCUCUCCAUAUGAAUGAGUAUUGCAAUCCUUUUGAGCCGUUGACCGCAGAACAUAUCACAUUUGCCGCUGGUGUCACGGAUUUGAAUGAGGUUUGUGCUCUGCUCACCUGCGAUGCUGAUUGUGGCGAUGCUAUUUUGCUUGGGAAACCCAAUUAUGGCAGCUUUGCCAGGGACAUGGUAUCAAGAGGCCACAUAUCCCAAGUCUUCGCAGACUUCGGAGGCGCUGAUCAAUUCUCAUCGGAUUGCGUACCAUACUACUUGAAAGCGUAUGACGCUGCAAAGGAAGAGGGCAUCAACAUCAAAGCUCUUGUGAUAUGCAACCCACACAAUCCUUUAGGUCAAUGCUAUUCUCGAGAAGCUCUUAUCGAGCUCAUGAAAUUUUGCCAGUCGAAACAAAUCCAUUUAAUCAGCGACGAGAUUUAUGCAUUGAGCACUUACCAACGAACCGACCGACCAUCAGAGAAGUACGUUUCGGUCUUCGCUAUUGACAGUCGGCAGUUUGUGGAUCCAAAUCUCAUUCAUGUCCUUUACGGCUUGUCGAAAGAUUAUGGAGCGGCUGGUCUUCGUCUAGGCUGCCUGAUCACUCGCAAUGCCGAGUUUUCGGAUGCAGCUAGGUCGCUUUGUCGUUUUUCUUCUCCGUCUCAAAUUUCCAUGAGCCUGGCCGCAGCUCUCCUCGAAGAUCGCAUUUUCUUGAAGAGUUUGCUCGAAAGCUCUCAUUCUGCUCUGUAUAAGAGUAGAAAAGUUGCUGAAGUGGCUUUGGAACAAGUCGGUAUAAAAUAUCACCGAGAAGGAAACGCAGGAUUGUUCUUAUGGCUUGACUUGCGGCCGUAUCUGCCAACAACUGUAACCAACGGGGAUGAAUGGGCUGCAGAGAAGCUGCUUUGGAAUCGUUUCGAAAACAUCGGUGUGCAAGUGUCAUUAGGAAAGCGAUAUUUUGCACCUAAUCCAGGACACUUCAGAAUGGUAUUUAGUAACCAUGAAUCGGUAGUCCUGGAAGGGAUCAGAAGGAUCAAGACAGUAUGCAACCGAUCGAAAAAUAAGUCUGACUGGCCAUGUCAGAGCUUGAGCUGAGCUGGCAAAAAGCAUGUGGCCCAACGGGGCACUUCAACUGGAAAUGAAAGGGGGAGAGCGUCGAAAAAUUGCGGGACAGAAGCAAUUAUUAUUUGGUUGUUUGACGUAUGAUGAAUAUUUCCAUUAGAAAAGAUUAUAGAUGUUGAUGCUAUCUCCGUGAAGCAGGGGAGAAGCCCCCAGACAUUUUGAACUGUCAC